UCCUUGGCGUUCAGUGCGAGUUGGAUUGCCGUUGGCUACGUGCGACGCCGCCUGGUGUUUUCCGAUAUUUUAUAAUUUUUUUUUAAUUGCCGCGUCUUGCAUCGCGUUCGUGUUCCUUUGUUUUUUUGUGCCUCAAAACUCUAUGAAUGCGUAAUGAAAUAAUAAUAAAAGUAAUGAACUAAUCAACGUAAACUCGAGAAAGGCACGCACGCCACACACACAGUGUACAUAAGUGGGGCUGCAAGUCUGAGCUUGCCAUUAGCUCGUCGACAUUACGCAUACGCAGCGUGUGCAGCAGGUUUUCUUCGCUCUUUUCCACCUGAAAUUGCGUAAUUUUCCGUUUGGAUUGUCCGCUCUUCUCGCGCGAUCCCCCAGAUUUGGCUUUUGGGGUCAUCUUGCAAUUUUAGCGUAACGAACAAGAGAUCAUGUUAAAAAUAAAAUCACAUAAAUUUAGAAACACGAAUUUUACAAAAACUAAGAAAAACCGAAAGUGAUUCCGUUCCGCCCCAUCCAUCUUUUAACUCCCCGCGUUAAAAAUGUGUGUGCGUUGGCUGAAUGAAGCUAAAAAUACGUGAAAAAAAAGAAAACUCAAUUUAUACAGUUGAAACUGCCUGUGAAAAAUGAUUUUGUUAACCAGAAUAUAAUUAAUUUUUUUAAAUAUAGAAAGGUUCAAAGUCUAGAAACAUAAGGAAGAUCCUAACGAACUUAAUGUGCAACCCCGUGUAAUACAAACAUGGCAAAGAAUGCCUUGAAUUUGUUUAAAAUACGAAAAAUUCAGAGGAAAUAAAAAGUUGCAAAUUAUUAUAAACAACCAGUGGCGAUGUUACGGCAAUUGUUGAUAUAAAAUUACCAUUUAAUAGUUAGGAUUCCAUGGGCAUUUUCAACCGUAACCGUUGGCUUAUGAUAAAUAUUUGUUUGAAUUCUGCUCGACAAUAGGAACUAUCAAGACGGCUUCUCGAUAUUUUUAGCAAGAAUAUAAAGUUCGUGUGUGACGUACAUGCAGAUCCAUGUAGUAUAUAGUGCGUGAGUGUAUUUUUAUGAAUCUAUGGAUGGCACCUUGAGCCACACCGUAACCACAGCCAAAAUGUGUUGUUGCUGCAAUCGCACAAAAACUGUGUAGGGAGCCAUGAGCACGCCCACGGCCACGACCACUCCGGGGGCGGUUCCGGGACAGCAGGUACCACUGCCCCACGAACUGACCGCCGAGUGGACGGUGCGAGCACAUCUCACUUUUGCCCGAGCCGGUGAGCCUGUGCAAAAGGAGUUUAGUGCUCCGGAGGCAGUGCACCCAAUGCGCGUGGUCUACAAAUGGUGUACACCCUGCGAGGAACCCGAAGCAGAGCAAGAUGUGGACAAGACUGCAGCUACUGCGGGAACCAGCUUUCGUUCCACAAACUCCUCGGCCACCACCAAUGCGGAUUCGGCCUUCGGUAGUCCACAUGCUUCCCGGGCUCUUAAUAAACCACUGGUCGCAACCGAUAAUGUGGCUCCUUCCGGAGCCACUGCCCAAGUGUGUGGCACACGCUGCCGGAGCACCUGCAACAUUAUGGUGUCCGCAGUGGCAGAUUUCCUGCCCCAGGAAGGGGCAAUCACUGGGUCAGUGAAUGAACCCUUUGUUUACCACAGCAAAGUGCGGGCCCAGCAGCUUCGAGAUGCCUUCUCGCAGACAAGUGACACGGAGGAGCAGCCAGCCAAGCGACGUCCAGCCUACGAGCAACGAAGGGCCACCACCGAGGCGCUGAUGAACUUUGCCAGCAAGCGGCAGGCGGAGGAGGCUAACACUUAUGUGCCAACCUACUCGCCCACGCCCACGACACCCUCGUCUACAUUCAAAUCGGCUUCCAUGUCAAGGAUACCACCACUAGCUGGCCACAUAGGACAAGGAGCAGCACCCAGAGGGCCCAACUUGGGGGAGAAGAAACCCCGCACUGUUCACAUCGAUGUUUACUGCACGGGAUCCGAGGGAGAUGAGGAGGAGGAGGCGGACGAUGAGAGGCAGGCUGAUGAGGAGGUCUCCAGCUCCUCCGAUUCCGAGCUGGCUGGGAGCAAGCGCUACGAACUGGACUCGAAUUCCACUCCGCAAACCGUGUUGGAUAACGAACAGAUGCUGCUGCGCCAUCAAAGAAUCUCUGGAGGAGCCAUGCCCAGGCGUUUGGCUCAAAAUCAGGCAAAGAAACAAGUGGAAAACCAACAGCCAGACAAUCUAAAUCUGGGUCAUGCCAUUACAAAAUGCAGCACAGCAGAGGAAGUGUGCGAGUCCAAGCAGCUGCUGUUCCGCAAACACAUUGGUGAUCAGCGGGCGGCCAAGUUGGCUAAUCUCCGCCAGAAAUACAUGCGUCAGCCCAGCGAUGAGACCAUCAGCAGCACAUACCCCAACUCUUCGAGAUCAACUAUGCCGAGGGAUGCCACCUGCAGCAGCAUAUCGAGUGUCAUGGGCGGAACGGAUUGCGUGGACUCGUCAUGGAAGGAAACAGACGACCUAGACACACCCAUCACAUCCUUCGGCUUGACCAAGUGCGAUAGCUUUGAUUAUGAAAACUCGCUAGACCGCCUGCGCAUAAGCCAGAUGGAGCGCCUUUGGUCCCGUCAGCACUCCGUAGACCAGAGUCCCACGCAAACCCAUCUGAGAGCACCAUCCCCGCAUCACCUGCAAACGAUCACGGAGGUGCAGUCGCAACGCAGCUCUUUCCAGCGCAGCGAUACCAUCCCAUCGGAGUCGGAUGGCUUCUCGGAUGCCAAUGGAUUUAAUACAUAUCCGGGAAGGCAGUCGCAGUUGCAGCAGAUCUCGCAUUUCCCGCGCAAUCGGCCAGGUUUUCUGCAGUUCUUUGGACCAACUGGUGGACCAGGCGGACCAGGCGUUAUCGCUCAACCAACUCCGCCAGCCACGGCUCCAGUUCAACCCGCUGCAGCCGCUACCACGGAUCCGUUCCGCCUACUCCAUCCCAGCUUCCGGUGGAAGAGUGAGGCACGCGAUAACCUCAGCGUGCAGGUGGCCUCCGGAUCACCUUCCUCAGAGCGCAGCUCCCCUCAACUCUUGUCCGUCGCCACCACAGUGGUGCGUUGCGGCAGUGAGGCGCCACCCAGCACCACAUCGGCCAGUACUUUUGGGACCACAGUGACGCCUUCGCCACUGCCAGUGCGACGCUUUGAAAUAUCACGCGACAGUCCGAGUCUCGCAAGUGAAGCCUCCACUUCCGUUUCCGGUUACACCCACGAGCAUUUGGAGAAGGCACGUCGCUUUGGCAAUGUGGUUGCCAUGAGGAAACCCGGUCAUCAUGUGGGUCCCACCAAGAAUCCCAAUUGCCAGUGUGAGAGCUGUCAACGUUGGCUGGCUGAGCGGUUUCAGCUCCGCGGCAGAGCCUUCUCCCUGGGCGAGAAGCCCCUUCUCAGGCGUCCACAGUAGUAGAUACAACACUGAACCCUCCUGGAUUUACUACUUAUUCUUUGUUUAAGGCUUGCAUUUAACACAUUGCUUUUCAGAUUGAUACGCUUCCAAUUAACACAAACCCCAAGUCCGAACCCAAAAAAAAACUUUCUUUCGAUUAGUUGUAAGCCAUGUAAGCGAAUAUGUUCCUCACGCAAAUCACAAAUUGUGCGCUGAAUCAGUUUAAUGUUGUAAUAAAGUAAAACAAUAGAUUUAA